AUGGAAGAUUGGAGGAGAAUUGAUAUUGACUCAUUUGAUCCCAACAGUGGGAGAUUGACAAAUGAUGAUCUAAUACCACCGUACGCACAUCAUGUUACAUUGCAAGAACUGCAACCUAAGAUUGCACAGCUUCGUUCUUUGGCAACCAGUGGGGAUAUGAGUUCUGCAACUAAAUUGGCAACUGAAGAUCCCCCAUAUAGUGCCGAUGCGAAUACGAAGGCGGUUUAUUUUCAGGCAGUACUAGAAGCAUUGACACAGGUGAGACAAGCGGACAUUGCCACUAUUGUGAAACAGCUAUCGCCCCAACAGCAGGAUGUUCUUGUUAAAUACUUGUACAAGGGGAUGUCUCUGCCAGAAGGUCAAAGACAGGGUGGUAUUCUACUCGCAUGGUUCGAGAAACUGACGCAGUCAAGCGGUGUAAACCCAAUUGUGCAUUUUUUAUCAGAUAGAAGAACAGUAUGA